CAAAAUGUUUGCGCAUUACGUAAUACGUAACGUGUAAAACGUAACACGUAGCGUAGCGCUUGCUGGACCAAUAGAAAAUCUGUAAGCUUUCCAAAGCAGAAACGUGGGGUCCGAAGGCUUCAGGAGUAGGCAGCAGCAUGGUCAGAGCGAGAAGGGCCGUCCGCCGGCCAAAGGCGAAGAAGGCGGAGCAAUAUGACAGCGAUGAUUCCGCUACUUACCGGGACGUGCCAGUCCCCGACAAGAAAUCCUCUGAAUACAUAGAAGAUGAAAUCGACGAGUUCCACAAUAAGAGGAUCUCGAAUCUCCUUGCACGUGGAAUACAAGCGGACAGUGACCAGGAGGACAUUGAGGAUGAGGAUGAGGUGAUGGCCCUGGAUGACUCUGAAGAGGAUGAGGAGGAGCAAGAGGUGGGUGAAGAUGAAAAAGAAGAGGAGGAGGAGGAGACAGACAUGGAGAGUGACCUUGAAGGAAAGAAAGAGGAUGACCUCCCCAGUGAUAUGGCUUGGGGGCGCAGGAAGAAGAUGUACUACGAGUCCGAUUAUGUCACAGUCAAGGGGAAAUCUAAGGAGGAAGCAGAUGCUGAAGACCUGGAGGAAGAGGAAGAGGCAAAGAACAUCCAGAAGCGCUUGGUGGGGAGUCUGAGUGAGGACGACUAUGACCUGCAUCUCCUUCAGGAGCUUGGAGGGGAGGGAGAGGGAGAGGUAGAGAGAAGCCUGGAGAAGGAGAAAGAGAAGAUCGUGAAGGACCUGAAGCAAAUGUCUCACAAGGAGAAGGUCAAGCUCUUGAAGAAGGAAUCUCCAGAGCUUCUGGAACUGAUCCAGGACUUCAAGGCCAAGCUGACGGAGCUCCGGGACGAGUUGCAGCCUCUUCUGAAAAUGGUUAAGGAUGGGCAUAUCCCUGCGGGAAAGGGAGCAGAAUAUCUCAAGACCAAACAGCAACUGUAUUUGAAUUACUGCACCAAUGUGAGCUUCUACCUGGUGCUGAAGUCCAAGCGAAUCCCAGCCCACAGCCACCCCGUGAUCGAAAGGCUGGUCUCCUACCGAAACCUCAUAAAUGAACUGUCCCCAGUGGAUGCCAGACUCGCCCCCCAGUUGCGCCGUCUGCUAUCAGAGACCCAGCAGGGCACAGCUGUCAGGAGGACCACUGACGCCCCCAGGAGGAAGGGUACUGGAGACGGUGAGUCAGAAGCUGAGGAGGAUUCUGACUCCGAGCUGGAUGAAGAGGCAGCCCUGCGUGCCUACAGGGAGGUUGAGCGGAGGCUGAAGCUGAAAAGGACAGCCAAAAAGCUGCAGCCGGAUGAGGCAGAGGAAGAGGAGGAAGAGGAGCCAGACCUGGACCCAGAUGCCAAGAGGGGUAUCACUUACCAGAUGGAUAAGAACAAAGGCCUCACUCCAAAGAGGAAGAAGAUUGAUCGCAACCCCCGAGUCAAAUACAGGGAGAAGUUCAGGAAGGCUAAAAUCAGAAGGAAGGGCCAGGUUCGUGAGGUGCGCAAGGAGGAGGUUCGGUACGGUGGAGAGCUGUCUGGGAUCCGUGCCGGAGUCAAGAAGAGCGUCAAGCUUAAGUAAGACUCAAGAGCGGUGCCAGACUGCGUGUAUGGAGCUGGCUGUCAUGUGGCUGAGCUGGAAAAGUCACAAGGAUCAGUGGUUUAAAAGUGAGGCUGUUGGCCAUGGCCCUGAGGGGGGCCACUUUGUGGCAAUAUUAUUAUUUUUUUUUAAUUCAUGGACAUUCAGAACUCCCUUCCACUCCCUGUUUGUCAUAUUUUACACUUUGACAUUAAACAUCUUUGCUGAA